AUGAGUCAAAUUCAAAUCCGAAUUUUGGCGGGCAAUCUGCACUGCAUCCUUGCCAUGAGCAAGACGACAGCAGACAGAGAGGAAUGCCCUAUUUGUAAGACGAGAUACAGUACGAACAGUAUUCGGACGAUCCCUCAACACUGCAUCAAAGCUUGUUCACGUUGUCGACGGGCUUUCAAAGACAUCGACUUGAAAACUGUACAGGAUUAUGCAGUGUUCACUGACGCAUUGGUGCUGAAAUUGUUACAUUUUCUGCAAAACAUCGGGCACGCAACGUUGAAGAUAAGCGACGCGGAUGAUAGCUUGCUACAAGAGCAGAUGCCAAAAUGCAUCAUGAUCAAUUCCAGCUGCACAUAGACGCGCAAAAGCUUCGAAUUCAAGUAAAGAAUCA